AUGAUUAAGCCUCCCACUUGGUGUAGUUCCUUUGUGUUCAUUUCACAUCAGGUGUGCUGGGAGGUGUGGCCUGUGCAGGAAGAUCAGUGGCGAGAGCAGAGUUCAUCAGGAGAAGCUCUGGAAAGUUUUACCUGUGUGAUUGGAAUUAAAAUCUUUAAAAUGGGCAGGCCGAACAUCUUGCAGCUCCUGCACUUUGCCGUGCUGUGGUUCUACCUUCUCCUCCCCUCGGUGCUGUGCGACAACCUGUUUUGCUACUACAGCCCCAUCCUGGAGAAGGAGAAGACAUUUGAGCUCAUUGUGACCGAGUGCCCUCCAAACGAGCUGUGCUUCAAGGCCGAAGGUCGCUACGGCAACCACAGCGCACUGUCGGCCAGGGGCUGCAUGGCCAAGAGUGCCUGCAGCCAGGAGCACAGCAUCCGCCUCAAAGGAACGGUGUACACCAUGAGCUACAGCUGCUGUGAGUCGCCGUACUGUAACUCCUGCCCGGGCGCCACAGCCAAAUCCCUCUACGUCACUGUCACACUCAUGACUGUAGCUCUGAUGACUGGCAGCUGGUGA